UUAAGAAAGAAACAAUCAAGUCUGGUGUUUUAUGUGUGUAUAUAAAACAGCAUCAACAGAUGGCGUUGUAUAGUGUAGACAUGACUGCAGUACCGUAAGGGAGAGUGUGAUUGAGUACUAGUGCCCAGAAGAAGAAGGAAGAGGAAAGAAAAAUAUUUAAAAUCUUCUCUGGUUAUAGGACAUUCUUUAGAAAUGCUUAAUAAUAAGGUUCAUGAAAUGAGCAUUGCAAAGAAUGAUGUGGGCCGUCGUCUGGCCAGAUUAUGUGAUUCUUGGCCCUUCUCAAUCUGUAGAGUCUCAGCAAAUGAGACCUCUAAUGGGAAUAAUGGCAGAGAUGAGCGUAAUUGCAGUAAAGUAUCUGAUAUUUCUCAAUCUGAAAAACUAGAUGGAAUAGAGUCCUUCAGUCAUAGUAAUCAUAUCUCCAUUCAAAUGAAGUUGGCCGACGAGGAUUCAAAGGAAAUACUGCAGAUGCCAUUGGGCACCAGCUCUGUCUUUCGUACUACCGUCAAUUUAUUGGGCAUCAUGUUAGGUCUUGGAUUGCUUUCAACCCCAUAUGCUCUAGAGGAAGGAGGGUGGAUGAGCCUGGGAGUAUUGUUUGCAUUGGCACUAAUUUGCAGUUACACAGCAUUUGCUUUAGCUGGAUGCCUGGAUUGUGAUCCAAAGGUCUUAAAUUAUCAGGAUAUAGGAAACCAGGCUUUUGGAAUGAAGGGACGAUUGGUAGUCUCUACGUUCUUAUAUGUGGAGAUAAUAUUCAUAGCAAUUGGAUACACAAUAUCUCUGGGGGACAAUGUAGCUGCCAUUUUCGUGGACACCCAGUUGAAUGUUUCAUCCUGGUUACAUUUAACUACACCUAGAUUUCUGACAAUUAUAGCUGUUUUAUUUGUCCUGCCAACUCUGUGGGUUAGAGAUCUCAGAUCAAUUUCAUUUCUGUCAUUUGGCGGAGUCAUCACUUCUCUUCUGCUAAUGCUUGCAUUAACAUGGGCUGGUAUUUUUGAUGCGGUGGGUUUCAGACAAGAAGUUCCUUUUAUCAAUAUGCAGAGAAUGCCAGUCUCCACGGGGCUUUAUGCCUUCUGCUAUGCAGGCCAUGUUGUGUUUCCUACAAUUUACAGAUCAAUGAAAGAUCCCUCUAAAUUUGGCAGGGUCAUUUUGAUCAGCUUUGUGAUAGUCACUGCAGUUUACAGUGGCUUUGCUUGCCUGGGUGCCACCAUGUUUGGGAGCUUAGUUAGAUCGCAGAUAACUCUGAACAUGCCCAAACAUUUGCUGAUAACAAAAUUGGCUCUGUGGGCAACAGUGAUCACACCCAUGAGUAAAUAUGCACUGCAGCUGUCACCAGUGGCCAGAGAACUAGAAAACAUUGUGGCCUCUGCUUGGAAGCCUAGAGGAAGAAUGGUGGCAAGGGCCUGCAUAGUAUCAUUUCUUUUGCUCAGCAUACUGGCCAUGGCUCUUGCUUUGCCUUAUUUUGGAUAUGUGCUCUCUCUCACUGGAUCCUUUCUUAGCAUUACAAUGUCCAUCAUUCUUCCCUGUGUUUUCUACAUCAAAAUCAAACGUAAAAGCAUAUCGGUUUGGAUGAUAUUGCUCAACAGUUUUUUGAUUUUGAUAGGACUGGUUCUGGGUAUAUCUGGAACCAUAGCCUCAGCCAAAAAUCUCAUUGAAAGCAUACAUGGUCAUGCAAGGAAUUGAUUCAUAAUUGUUUCACUCAACAAAAAAAUACCCUACUGAGCUAUAUUUUAUGUGGGCAAUGGAUCGCAUUCUUCCUUUGUUCUCCUUGUGUCCCCCCUGAACCAAGAGAAUAAAAAAGAAGAAGAAGAAAUACGAAUUCUAUUUCUUGUUGAAAAUUU